UCCUAAUUUAAUACUAAAGAAUUGCAACAUCGACAAUAUUCAUUUCCACAAGGAACUUCAACGUAAACAAAUUCAUUUUAAUAAAACUCUUUUGCAUCGAUACGAUAGUCAGUCAGCCUUUAACCGCGCGCGAAUAGAGUCGUCAGAAAUCAGAGAAUUGCUUCAUAUAAUUCUUUGUACUUUCUAUAAUAAAGUGUUUUUAUCGUAGUUAAUUAAAAAGUGUUUUUUUAAAAAAGACUGAUACCAGCCGCUCCUAACAAAAUUGGUGUCAGAAGUGGGAUGUUUGAGGAGAUUCUAGUCAAGAGAGCCCUCAGCAUCUAAAAGAAUCCAGGAACGGCACCCCAUCAGUCGUGGUCGACGAUAAGCCUCAUCCCAUAGGAGAGCCCGCACCACAGCACCCUACGAAAAACGCAUCGUGAUCGACGGUCAGUCUCCGCUCUAUGCGUGAGCCCGCAUCAUUAUAGAAUAUUCAUCGUGAUCGACGGUCAGCCUCCGCUCUGUGCGUGAGCCCGCAUCACUACAUCAUCUGCAACGUGGUCAACAGUAUAUCUCCGUUUUGUACGUGAGUCUGUAUCACAUAGAUUUAAUUCGUCGUGGUCACCAUCAUCUUUUACCAACUCUGGCUGCACUCACCAUUGUCAUCAUCAAGCUGUACACAGUCUACCUACCCUGAGUGGACACUUGGCGUGAUCGUGUAUUCCGCCACACACGCAUUCUCCUUAUCGUGACGGACAGCGAGGCGUCAAAUUCGAAACCGAAGCUCCCGCUUUGUGUCUCCGCCGAUCAUACGCCGCCGCUACCUUCAUCACACCGGUGAAAUACAAUCCACGCUAAGGACUCAAUUUCUUAUAAUGUGUAUUAGCAUCAUUUUAAUGUUAUUAUGUCAUGGAGCACUCGCCGAAUCGCAAGUCACUCCAAUUAUACACAGUCCUGGUCUUUAUUUUGACCCUACGACGAAUAUUUAUUUCUAUAAUGAUUAUUGGAAAGUAGUAACUCAUGUCGAUAUUCACUCGAUAGAACCUCAUCUUAACAAUAUAGACAAACUCAUCGUACAAACUUCUCUUCUCUGUACAAAAAUCCAACAUGAAGAUUACUCAAACUGUAAGGAUAUCUUCAGUCCUAUAGAAGUCUUAUUAGAAUCGAACUACGUCAAAAGUCAUUCUCUGUCUCAUAUUAUCUCUCAAGAUGUUCCAUCUCGCUUCAAAAGGUCACUCGAAUUUGGAGGCGAAAUACUUAAAUUUUUCUUUGGCACCCUCGACGCUGAUGAUGCGCGAAAAUACGAUUCCGCCAUUAACUCGUUUCAAAAUAAUGAACAUGAAAUCUUUAAUCUCAUGAAAGAAAAUAUUCAUGUAGUUAAAUCAUCAAUAACUUCUUUUAAUUCAACUAUUAGUAAAUUGAAUCAAAACGAAUUAAAAUUAAACUCGCAAAUUGACAAACUAAACGAAAUCUUAUCUUCCACUGUAAGAAGUAAUAAUAAUCUAAUUUAUAUUUCACGACUUAACAUUUUUAUAAACAUUAUUGAAGGAUCUUUAUUGACUAUUUCUAACUUCUUAGACUCUAUCAUUAAUGCAAUUUUAUUCGCGAAGGUAAAUGUAUUACACCCUUCUAUUUUAAGUCCUACUAAUCUUUUUAAUGAACUGUCUAAACGAAGCAGUUCUGUAGAUAAUAAACUGGACUUCCCAGUUCCUUUAAACUUAGAUAAUAUACAUACCCUUAUGGAUGUAUCUAAACUAAUUUCUUAUUAUUAUAAUAAUAAAAUAAUUUUUAUUAUACAAAUUCCUCUUAUAUCUCCUAUUAAGUAUGUUGUUUAUAAAACGAUUCCAUUGCCAACUCCUCAUGAAAAAACAAAUCCUAAUACUUUUGCUCUAAUUACCCCUACUAAAUCUUAUAUUGCGUUAACAGAUGAUAGAUCACAUUACUCUUUAUUAGAUAACAUGCAACAAUGCUCUGUGUUAAAUAAUGAAUAUUCUAUUUGCCCAUUAGAAAACAUAUUCUCUAGUGUUACAAAUCCAUGUUGUGAAACUAAGCUAUUAACGGAAGUAACCUUAUCUCUUCCUGAUGAAUGUAAUUCUAAAAUGUUAUAUGGUCUUAUUGAUAUAUGGCAAAAACUUAAAAAUAAUAGAUGGAUAUUUGUUCAAUCUAAAACUAGCAAAUUAACUUUGAAGUGUAAUAACGAAAUGAAGGAUUAUUCUAUUUCUGGAACCGGUAUCUUAACUCUAGAAGAAAAUUGUAUUGGUUUUUCUAAGACUAUACGGUUAGAACCGUCCACUGUAACCAACAUAGCUAUCAAUAAUUAUUUUAAUAUUGAUUUUGACAUCAUUCAAGAUGAUUGUUGUAAAAAGGAUAAUGUAAACAAGUCGAUUCCUCUUUUAUCCCCUUUAACUCUUAGUAAUAUUGACUUAGAUUCUUUAAAACAUUCAUACAAACAACUUGACGAUCUUGAACGUGACAUCCACAGGAUAAAAAACGAAUCGCACUUUACUAAAUAUGCACAUUAUUAUUCUUCAUUUUCUAUUUUUUGUAUUUGUCUUAUAUUCCUUUACUUCGGUUACAAACUAUAUAACUAUUGUUAUAAAAACUAUAAAAAUCAUAAUUCACACUGUUGUAUACAGAUCUUUAAUCAAUGUACUACCACUCGCAAGAAGAUGGUUGGAUCUAAUGUUACGAAUUCCAUUGAACUGAAUGAAAUUUCGGAAGCUUCAAUUGAACCCGUUUAUGGGACAAUAAACAAAACAAACACGUAUAAAAGGAAUAUUGAUAAUAAUUGAACUUAACUUACUUAUCUUAGCUUAUUCUAAUUCUUAAACGUUUAAUC